GCAGCUCACAUGAAGCUGGAGCCGGAGGAGGGCGUGUCCGCUGAGGAGCUGUUGUGGGAAAGCCAGCAAUAACAGAACAGGUUUGGCCGCAAAGUUAUCCCUGCUUGCCUUCAUCGGCAACACCUGUUCCUGCUGCUCCGUUAGUCCCGGCCCCAGGACCAGGACACCUCGCUUGUACACACGGGAAGCGGAACCGGCUGGCAUGGCUGCGACCGCCACUCAGUCCCUGGGAAGUCUGCCCACAGGACUCGGGGUGACCGGCGGGCUGGUGUGGAUCCUGGUGGCCUCCACCCGCGUGGAGCCUCCCAAUCCUCUGGGCUGGGUGAUGUUUGUCUCCCUCUUCUGCUUCUCCACCACCCUCCUCUGGAUGAUCCUCUUCAUCGCCGGCUGCCACCACAGCAGCUCCAGCUGGGCCGCCGCUGACUUUGUCUACCACGCUGUGGCCACCUUGUUCUACCUGAGUGCUGCAGUGUCUCUGGCCUACAUCACCUUCUUGAUGAAGUUAGCAUCCUUCAGGAUCUACAAGAUUGACAUCGCUGCUGUGGUGUUUGCAUUCACGGCCACACUCCUGUACUUCAUUCACGCCAUCUUGUCCUCUCUCAGAUGGAAACACUUCUGAAAAACAUUUGGUGUUACAUAUUUAAUAUGCAAUUGUAUGUCAGCCAUUUUAAACUCUUUUCUAUGAUCUUCAAAACAAAUUCGAAUGUUUUUGUUUCUAGGCCCAAUGAGAACAAAAUCAUUCAAAAGUUAAGUAAAAUUAUGAUUUUUGCCUUGAAGUAAAAAAAAGAUCUUAUUUCAUAUUUUCCAUUUUUUUGUGCAGUAAAAAUUGUAAUUAUUAUAUAACAAUCAACAUUGCAUUUUAUCUAUAUUUUUUCAACCUUUCCAGACAUUUACUGCAAAUGUUUUUUUCUUCUUCCAUGUCACUCUGAAAAUGUCAAUUUUUUGUUUUCUCUGAAGUAGAAAUCUUAAAAACUAGUGUUUUGACAAUUAUGAAUGAAGUGGCGUGUGAAAGAUCAGUAAAGACAUUAAAUUCACUGUAAGAUGAAUUA